UCGAGUGUAUCGUGAGCUUUUUUGGGAAAAUUGGAGAAAAGCUUCGCGUUCGUGUCCUUGGUGGAUGUCUUUCAGUGUGUCAGUGUUUGGGAAAAUGCUCCGUGUGACGUCAAUGUUGAAUGCGACAAUUGCCUGAAUUAUAGAUAAAUAGACCCGAGUGACAUACAAGAAGGAGUCUGGAUCUUAGGUCAUCUCCUUCUGGGAAAGUGUGAUAGUUUCAAGAGGAGAGUGCUGUUUUCUUUUCUGUGGUAUUAUUUUUUUUUUGUGUUUCUUUGGAAUUCUAUCCCUCAAAUAGUGAAAUUUUCAUGUGAAUCACCAACGUAACUACUCGUGGCCUCGACGUUGAUGGGUGUUCAAAAAGCAACUGCAAAGAUGAGCAAACACCGGAAUCUAGCUCUGGCAUUCCUCCUUGUGCUGAUCCGGAUACAAGUGGGACACGGCUGUAGAGUGUCUGAGUUCGCAUGUCGUGGACCCAACGGAUUGUGCCUGCCACUCGACAAAUACUGCGAUGGCAAGGACGACUGUGGCGAUGGCAGUGACGAGCCAAAGUUUUGCACCGUGUGCAAUCGAACCUACUACGGAGAUGUGGGUCGAACGUAUGCUCUCCGGGUGCCCCCGCCCCAGUGGACCCGAUUGCCAUUCCUCUGCCAUCUUACCUUCACGGCGUCGGGUCACGAUCAAGGUGACAUAGUUCAGAUAAUCUUCGAUGGCUUCUCUGUAGGACGCUUCGACGAGGGUUUGGUGGAUGGUGAUGGUGACACCCUAGAUACCAGCCUCAGUCCAUCGGGAGAACUUCCUGGAUGCCCAGAGGGAUUUAUGCAGCUCAGCGAACUAGGACGACCCUUUACUGGUGGCUCUUGGUGUGGUUCAGCAUCCGGGCAUCAACUUUACUACAGCGAAACGGCUACUGUUACAAUAUCUGUUAAGGUAUUUCAUCCGCCAGUACAAGGAAACAAUCCGUUUGAAUUUCGAAUUCGAUACAAGUUCAUUAGUCAGUCGGAUGCAAUUGUUCGAUAUGGGGCACCGAGUGAACUUCUGGAACUUGGUCAGGUCACACCAGGGACGUACUGUACGCGCCAAUUCGAUGAGUGCUACAGGAAAAAGUGCCGACUUCAGAGCCCAAAUUAUCCGGGAAUGUACCCCAGGAAUGUGACAUGCUACUGGACUAUUAGGCAGAAGACUGUGCCAACAUGCAAGCACGCCAUGAUUGGCGUCAGUCAGGAGAGUGAGCACAAGGCUCUGGUUAAGAGGUCAAUAGCGAGCUUAAACAAGACAUCACGGUCAGUGAGAGCAUGGUCCGACUGCACGGGCGAGAGGGAUCAUUUGAUAUUUUACGAUGGCAGCUCGACGAAUGACCCAGUUCUGGCCAAAUACUGCGGAGGCGACUGGCUUCCUCGCGUUGUGUCACGGGGAUCAGAGAUGCUGGUAGCCUUCCAUUCCAGUCCCUUCUCAGCCCCUCUGCAGACUGCCACUCCAAAUAGAGGCUUCGAACUGGACGUGGACAUCCUGUACACAGAUUCGGACUCUUACGAUUUUGCAAAGGGAGAGCGCACCUGUGAAUUCCACGUGAACGCCUCAAAUCCAGAUGACGUUUUAAUGUCUCGACGUGGAAGAAUGGGUAGAAUCCUGAGUCCCCGUCAUACACUUCCGCCCAAUACAACCUGCACCUACUACUUCCACGGCUAUCCAACGGAUCUUGUGUGGAUUUACUUCACCAGCUACCAUUUGCAAAUCCUCCAGCCACCCGUAAUAGACAACACAACGUUUGGCCAGACCGACGUGCCACCGUGGAUAAUUCGCUUUCGUGUCUGGGACAGCUCAAUCACUGCCACGUCCGGCCGAAAUCUCCCUUCCGGACCCACCGCAAGCACCUCAACUAUUCCACCGAAUAUGCGUCCCUUUCAUCCCACAAUGAACAGUUCGGUGACUGGCAGCUACUACUACUACCCUGCUGAUCAGCAGCCCUCCCCAAAUGACCGCCGGGUGAAUGUGGACAAUGCCUGGAAUCCGGUGGACAACUACAUCUACGGACCUACGAGGAGUAGCGUCUUCAACCACAACAACCCUUACGGAGGUGGAAGUGUUGUACCUUCUCCAGCUCCUCCGGCACCCAAUCGCUUCGAUAAACUCAACAAUGGUCUGUCCAAUAUCAAAGAGACCUUCAAUUACAUCGCAAACACCAAGUAUACCCACAAUCAGUAUUCCGGAGCCCAGUUGAACAACAUUCUGCAACGGCAACCGGAAACCAACACAGUCAUCUCCCUAGAUGGCUUCGUAGGCCAUCCGAGCUCUGGAGGCUACAAGAAGCCACCCAGCAAUCGUUUCAUGCAACAGGAGAAAAAUGCUGGAGGUGGUAGAAAGCUCCUCCUGGAGAUCUUCGACAAUGAAACACCCAAACUCUGUGACCAUACAGCACUAAAGGAAGCCAGUGGAACAACUUCCAAGACCAGGCCAUGCACCCCACUCGAAAGCUACGUCAGUGCCGGAAAUGAUUUGAAAAUUGAGUUCCAUACGCAAACAGGAACAGCCCUUUACCCCGCGACAUUUGCUCUUCAGUACGAAUUUGUUGAUACGAAUUUGGGUGGAGAUUUGUGGUCAGGACGCCGCGGAGAAGAGACCCCAAUACCACCCUUGUGUUCCCGUGUCUUUCGUCGUCGUCGUGGAGACUUCCAGUCUCCUCGCAAUGUUUUUCUUCAUGGACGAGGAGGGGCUAGAAAUCUUACCUGUCUCUACCGCUUUGAAGCUGGCUUGGGAGAGAGGAUUAGGAUCAGUCUGCACAAUGUCUCUUUUGGCGAUUCUACAACUUGUAUCACAGAAUCUAACACUCACACAGGCCGACCAAGAUGCGUAGGUCUGGAGAAUGAGAGUGAGAGUCGCCUAGGAGAGCUCAAAAUAUUCGACGUGCCCUACAAAGAUGUGCGGGUACCGCUGGGGUGUUUCUGCGAUAACACCAGCAGCAUCUACAACACCCCACUGACUUUCCAAUCAAAUUCUCGUACUCUCGAGAUCAGUUUUGUGGUGACACAUCUCAAUGUUUCUGAAGAUUUUGCUGACGUAUACUUCCAUGCUUCGUACGAAAUUAUCCGAGUUCCGGAUUGUCGAAAGCGACUGCGUCUCAAAGGACCCGGAGGUGAAGACGAAUUAGAAUAUCCACUAAGAUCACAUGAAGCCUCCUGUGAGGGCCAACCGUGGUACAUUGAGGCACAACUCCCAGAAAGGAGCCUCUUUGUCUUGACUUGGGGAACCUUCCUGCCCAUCGAACCAAAUCAGGAAGAAAUUCUGCGAUGUAAUACAAGGAAUCGUUUGAUCAUUUACUCUGGAAGACCUCUAAAAGUUAUGCGAGUCAUCUGUCCGACGCAACAGGGCAACAAAGCGUCAGCACUUCACAUAUUCUCAGAAGAUUGGCUAAAUUCACAGCCUCUUCUCUACGGCGCCAAACCUGUUAGUAUGGUUCUGGAGCCUGUGUUCAAAGAGCCAGGAGGCCUGGCUUUCUCAUGGCUGGAGAUUCAGCGAACGAAAGCCUCUCUGAUCCAACAGUUGGAUCUUCAGACAAACUUCACUGCCAAUGAGACACUUGGUGAAUUCGGCUUCUUCCCUCGUCAUGCCGAAUGCGAACACAAGUGUCCCGAACUCGAUGCCUGCAUCGGGAGCAAUCUGUGGUGCGAUGGACAUGUGAACUGUCCAUCUGGGUAUGAUGAAUCCGAGGAGGAAUGUGGAACAGCUAGAAAGCUGCUAGAACUGCCAGGAGGGAUCUUUGCAGCCCUGGGAUGCAUUGCUGCAGCCGUAGCAGCGUGCUUCAUCUUCUGCAUCUUUGGGCUGGUGCGCAAACGGAAAAAGGGAGUAGAUGCCAAACCAACACUCAAUGGAACCCUCCGAAAGGACUUCAAGAAAAGUGAUUUGUUCAUGGAUCCUGGCUCCUGACAUGGACUUCAACCGGUCGAGUAUAUCCAUGUCGACCGGGAAACCACCGUGUGACCCAUCUUCAGCCAUCAGGAUCACUUUCUACCGUGAAUUGGUGCCGAGCAAUCCGUAAAUAUGACUACAUUACAUUGUACGAUAUUAACCUAAUUGUAGGGGGUGAGAGAUGGACAAACAACCCGAGAAUUGAAUAUUGUUGUGAUAGCUAAAAACACAUUUGUUUCAUUUUACAUUAUCGCAAACUAUCUCAUCUGUUUUUUGUUCUCUGUGAACUCUCAAAUUCUCUGAACAUUGCACUCCCAUUUGGAUGGGGGUGUGACCAUUAUCGCGCCCCCAAAAAACACCCUCAAGGGCUCAAUUCCACGUCACUUUUAUGAGCUCACAAUCACACUCGCGAUAAAAGAGUUAGUGAAUGAAAUUUAUGCAAAUAUUGACAAUGUGUGCUGCAAUGAAAAAUCUACCAAAAACUCUUUUCAAUUAAUGUUUUUUUUCUGGUCCUGAAAAGUGCAUAAUCAUGACCAUCAUGACUGUAAACAGGAGAAAACAAAUAAAAUUCGUUUUUACAGGGUUUUCCAUGAAAUUUUUCAAAAUAUUUGAUUAAUAUUUGAAGUUGAAACAAAACACAAUUAGAGAUUUUUCUAAUUAGCAAAAUCGGUAAAAAAAAGUUAAAGAUAAAUCAGUUACUCGUUCGUAACAUUUUUAAUGAAUUUAACACCACAAAAGUUAAUUUUCUUAAAUAAACUUUUGAGCAAGGUAAUGAUGGGCUUCCUUAUUGCUAUUCUAAUGCAGUGAAAUAAUUAAGUUUGAUCGAAAAACUUCGAUUUAAGAAUGUUUUUGAAAAUUAACUAAAUAUUUCCAUGGUUCUUAGAAUAUUAAUUUAAUCAAAAAUAAGUUAAUUAUUUGAUUAAUUUUCUUCUCUUUUAUAGCAUUGAAAUUUUUAAUUAAUUUUGAAAUAACAUUUGAGGGGUUAUCUGAGUGAAGAAAACCAAAAACGUGUUAAUUUUCUUAAUUAUUUUUAAAAAAGAUAUUAAAGAUCUAAACAGGUAAAAGUACAACAUUAA